ACAACAUCAAGAAAGAAAUUAUAAAAAAUCAACAAUAUGAGCCCAGAAUCUUAGGAACACAUAAAACUCAACAAACUAGUUCCCUAAAAGGAAUAUCUAGUUUAACAUCCAAAGAAAACAUGGAAAGGAUUAGUAAACUUUGCGGCAAAGCAGACCUCCCCUUUCUUCAUAGUAAAUCCCGGCAAACUCUCAAUACAAUGAUCAGUGAAAGUUAGACCCCUCUUAUCCAAAUCGUCCGUAAGUCUAAGAAACCUAUCCACUCUAGUUACACUAGCUUGGACGUGUCUAAAAGGUUUAACCAACAACUUGAACUUCUUAGCAUCUAUGAUCUCACACUUAAUGACCACAUCAUCUCUUCUCAGCCCAUUUUCUUUACUCACAAACCUCCCCAUAGCUGCAAUCUGGUCAGAGGGUCCGGUUGGGUCAGGAACAGCCUCCUCAGCAGCAAUAGAACCUCCGGUCGAAGCUGCAGACGCAGCAGGAGCAGUCUGCCGCUGAAACCCGGGCGGGUUUUGGGGAGACCCGGGCAGGUUUGGGGUUUUUACCUGUGACCCGGUCGGGUGAUGGGGGAGCUCGGUCUGGUCUAUCCCCAGGGCAAUUUCUGCCAGAGCAGUAGUAGCAACAACCUCAUCAACUUUUUCACCUACAACAUCAAGUUUAACCUUUCCCUCAUUUACCCCGCCCCCACAGUUUGUAUGAGCAGUCACCUUACCGUUUAUCCCCUUCUUCACAUCAUCUGUAAUCCUCACUUUUUCCUUCUUUUUCCAUCCCAAUUCGUUGCAAAUAAAGGGGUGAUGUUCAUAAGAUUUGCAGUGAAAGCAGAAAAUAGGAAAGGUUUCGUAAACAACAACUUGUUUAAAAGUCUUUCCCGAUGGUAACCGGAUAGGCAAAGAGAGGCAUGGUGCCAAGGUAAUGUCCACUUCAAUCAACACUCUCGCAAAAUUGUAGUUUGUCAUCUCUUGCGUGACCUUGUCCGUAGUGAUAGGAACACCCACCUUUGAUGCAAUCAUGCUCAAUGCCUCUUCAUUCCACAAAUUCAAGGGUAAAUUGGGAAACUUUACCCAAAUAGGCACCUUAAGGAAUGCCUCAUCAUCAAAAGUGAAAUCCUCAGAUAGCAUUUUCAGAAAAAGUAAUCUACCAAGGAUAUUAUAAGGUCCUUAGAUAAAAACCUUAGUUCUAUCCUGCUCAUUCUUAAAUUUAAAAACCACCCAUCCCUUUUUAUUAGAUUGCAAAGUACAAUGCACACCCCAGCUAUUCACAAGCUCAUAAAUCGCUUUAAGCCCCGGGAAUCUACCUGUGAAGCAUCCAACAAGGCAAAAACCCCACAACGAGACCAUAGAAGGUAACACACAUUUUGAAAGAUCAACAACUUCAUUAUCAGAAGGUAGGUAUUUUAAUUUAAUACCUUUAGAUUGAGCACGAUUGUCUCUAAAUAAAUCUGCCCAUUUUGGGUUAGUUCCAGCAGGUUUGGAAGCAGAAGCUUCAUCGUUUGGUCCAGGGUAAGUGGCCAUUUUCCAAGCAGCAGUUGACUUCUCUGCAGGAAGUGCAAAGGUCUGAGCAGCAGUUUGCUUCUUUGCAGCAGGUGGUAGUCCUACUGCUGUAGCAUCCUUCUCAUUGACAGCAGAAAUCACAGGAUAUAUCGCACAAAUCAAUGGACGAAGCAAGACCAUACAUGCGGAUCAGACGAGCUCCCGGCGCUGUCCCUCAUCUUCAGAACGAGCGCCCAGCACCGUCCCUCAUCUUCAGACCGGCGUCAAAGCGUGGUCCUUCAUACGACGUAUGGCCUCAUCAACGCCAUCGUCAUCAAAGGACGUGCGUCGAUGCUCGCUGGUGUCUCUUGUGGACGAGGAGAUUCCCGUCGCCCCCGUCGGAAUCAAACCGGCUGCCUUAGCUGUCGCGAGGCCAAGGUGGAAGGCUGCGUCCAGGACGGGGUGCGUUGUUACUUCCCCGUCGUCUGGCCGGGAGACCAAGAGUUGGCCGACGCGGUGGACGAGGGUCCUCUGGUCGAGAGUCCACCAAUUUGGCCAUCGACGGUAACCGGGGACGACGGGAUGACGAGGGGUCUCUAUUUUGUUUUCCUUUGGUUUGAAUUUUUGCAGGUGUUCGAUGUGUUGGCCGAUGGUGCACCGCUGGAUGAGGACUGCUUCUAGGACGAGGGUGAGGUCUAACCGACGGUCACUAUGGAAUUGUGCCAACGUUUUGGCCGAUCCGAUGACCCAGAGCUCCUGUCUUGGCUUAGGUGAGGCUUUGCCGAGGUGAGCGGACGGGGCAUUGGGACAACCCUCCACCUUGGACGAGGUGAAAGCCACCGUUGUUUCCAGGACGAGGGGGAGAUCUGUGCUACGCUCUGUUGAGGCCGAGGGAUGGUGGGGUCCUCGUAGAGAAGGUACGCUGAGGCGCAUUCCUUGGCCGAAGAAGCUGCCACUCCCCGGUUUUGAGUCACUGAUGGGAUGGGGACAAGUUUUUAUUAUUGUCGUGGCUUUUGAUCUGACCGAGGCACUACACUGGACGAGGAUGGCGUCCAUUGCUGAGGUGCUGCCAGUAGCCGGUGGAGGCCCUUGUGGUCUAUCAUUUUGGCCGAUGGGUGCACUACUUGUUUCCUUUUUAAUUGGCCGAGGACGUCGGUGUUCCCGGGAUGAAGGGUGCAACAUCUGACCUACCAUCCGUCCAUGUUUUACCGAUAGGAUGCAGGCUUUCCAAUUGGACGAAGGGUGUUGUUUGUUUUGUUGCUGACCUUGGCGGGGGUGGAGCCACUCGUGUCUCCAGGAAGAGGGAUGAAAGACCCGUCUCACCUUGUGUUCAGGUCCGAGCGAAGAGCUUCCUUGGCCAGACCGCUAGAGGAAGUGGAAGUUGACCAGCUCACUGCCAUGGUCUUGGGCGAGGGGAUGUUCCAGGCCAUUGGAUUGUUGUCUCGCUGAUAGAGCCGAAGGACACCUUGGGGCAGCGACACCAUU